AUCGAACAGCCCCCGUGAUAUGCAGCUUUUCAGGGAAGCUAGAAACCAUUAUACACAGGCAGUUAGAAAAGCCAAGGCUAGCUUUUUCAAGCAGACAUUUGCCUCCUGCAUUACUAACUCAAAAAAGUUCUGGGACACUGUAAAGUCCAUGGAGAAUUAGAACACCUCCUCCCAGCUGCCCACUGCACUGAAGACAGGAAACACUGUCACCACUGAUAAAUCCACUAUAAUUGAGAAUUUCAAUAAGCAUUUUUCUACGGCUGGCCAUGCUUUCCACUUGGCUACCCCUACCCCGGUCAACAGCACUGCACCCCCCACAGCAACUCGCCCAAGCCUUCCCCAUUUCUCUUUCUCCCAAAUCCAGUCAGCUGAUGUUCUGAAAGAGCUGCUCGACCCCUUCAAAUCAGCCGGGCUAGACAAUCUGGACCCUUUCUUUCUAAAAUUAUCUGCUGAAAUUGUUGCCACCCCUAUUACUAGCCUGUUCAACCUCUCUUUCGUGUCGUCUGAGAUUCCCAAAGAUUGGAAAGCAGCUGCGGUCAUCCCCCUCUUCAAAGGGACACACACUCUUGACCCAAACUGCUACAGAGCUAUAUCUAUCCUUCCCUGCCUUUCUAAGGUCUUCGAAAGCCAAGUCAACAAACAGAUUACCGACCAUUUCGAAUCUCACCAUAUCCUCUCUGCUAUGCAAUCUGGUUUCAGAGCUGGUCAUGGGUGCACCUCAGCCACGCUCAAGGCCCUAAACGAUAUCUUAACCACCAUCAAUCAGAAACAUUACUGUGCAGCCGUAUUCAUUGAUCUGGCCAAGGCUUUCGACUCUGUCAAUCACCACAUCCUCAUCGGCAGACUCGACAGCCUUGGUUUCUCAAAUGAUUGCCUCGCAUGGUUCACCAACUACUUCUCUGAUAGAGUUCAGUGUGUCAAAUCGGAGGGUCUGUUGUCCGGACCUCUGGCAGUCUCUAUGGGGGUGCCACAGGGUUCAAUUCUUGGACCGACUCUCUUCUCUGUUUACAUCAAUGAUGUCGCUCUUGCUGCUGUUGAGUCUCUGAUCCACCUCUACGCAGACGACACCAUUCUGUAUACUUCUGGCCCUUCUUUGGACACUGUGUUAACAACUCUCCAGGCAUGCUUCAAUGCCAUACAACUCUCCUUCCGUGGCCUCCAAUUGCUCUUAAAUACAAGUUAAACUUAAUGCAUGCUCUUCAACUGAUUGCUGCCUGCAUCUGCCCGCCUGUCCAACAUCACUACUCUGGACGGCUCUGACUUAGAAUACAUGGACAACUACAAAUACCUAGGUGUCUGGUUAGACUGUAAACUCUCCUACCAGACCCACAUAAAACAUCUCAAAUCCAAAGUUAAAUCUAGAAUUGGCUUCCUAUUUCGCAACAAAGCAUCCUUCACUCAUGCUGCCAAACGUACCCUUGUAAAACAGACCAUCCUACCAAUCCUCGACUUUGGCGAUGUCAUUUACAAAAUAGCCUCCAAUACCCUACUCAACAAAUUGGAUGCAGUCUAUCACAGUGCCAUCCGUUUUGUCACCAAAGCCCCAUAUACUACCCACCAUUGCGACCUGUACGCUCUUGUUGGCUGGCCCUCGCUUCAUACUCGUCGCCAAACCCACUGGCUCCAUGUCAUCUACAAGACCCUGCUAGGUAAAGUCCCCCCUUAUCUCAGCUCGCUGGUCACCAUAGCAUUACCCACCUGUAGCACGCGCUCCAGCAGGUAUAUCUCUUCUGGUCACCCCCAAAACCAAUUCUUUCUUUGGCCGCCUCUCCUUCCAGUUCUCUGCUGCCAAUGCCUGGAACGAACUACAAAAAUCUCUGAAGCUGGAAACACUUAUCUCCCUCACUAGCUUUAAGCACCAGCUGUAAGAGCAGCUCACAGAUUACUGCACCUGUACAUAGCCCACCUAUAAUUUAGCCCAAACAACUACCUCUUUCCCUACUGUAUUUAUUUUAUUUUAUUUAUUUAUUUUGCUCCUUUGCACUCCAUUAUUUGUAUUUCUACUUUGCACAUUUCUUCCACUGCAAAUCUACCAUUCCAGUGUUUUACUUGCUAUAUUGUAUUUACUUUGCCACCACAGCCUUUUUUUGCCUUUACCUCCAUUAUCUUACCUCAUUUGCUCACAUCGUAUAUAGACUUGUUUAUACUGUAUUAUUGACUGUAUGUUUGUUUUACUCCAUGUGUAACUCUGUGUCGUUGUAUGUGUCAAACUGCUUUGCUUUAUCUUGGCCAGGUCGCACUUGUAAAUGAGAACUUGUUCUCAACUUGCCUACCUGGUUAAAUAAAGGUGAAUACAAUUUAAAAAACCAACCUUCAGCUGUACCCGGGCACCCACCCCACCUCCCGACCCACAGCCAGAGACCCCACCCUCACACACACAGCCACUCCAACCCAACCCAGCCGAGCUCAGUGUAUCCGGUAUAAGUUUGAACUUUGUGUGCAAAUGAAUAAAAUGCUUGGAUAAUUGUUUGUAUACACUGCUGAGAAGGAAAUAUUAUAUUUGAUCAUUUGUAUGUAUUCAUAUUAUGUAUAAUCCAUUAUCAUUAUCACUUGUCAAGUAAAUCUAUGAACGUGAUUGGAUAGUAUAUAUGCACUACUCCUAGGUUCAUCUGACAUUGUCAACAUUUGAUAUGGUGAAUAUUUUGUCAUUAAUCAUUUACAUUAUUUUGUUCUGAGUGUGGCAGAAACAUGCAACUCGAAGUGCCAUGACAAAAGGAACGCUGUUUGCACUAUGAGUCUAUUUCGGGCCACUUUUAAGUGUCUUAUCAGUAUUGCCAAGUGCAAUACCAAAGAUACUGAGCAAGCACUGCAGGCCUACAAGUUUACAAUGAACAACAAGCUGUCACGUAUCACCAAGACAGCCUGCUCCCAUCUGCCUAGUUACAGUCAAGCAUGCAUUAUCUCACCCUCUCACGUGUGCGCGAAACGCCACCGCAUUGGUCAUUUCAGACCGGGGAUGUUGUUUUUGUUAUAAUUCAGGAAGAACCCGACUCAUUUAAAAAAAUAGUUGGGGAUUUUUGUCAGAAUUACAUUAUUUUCAAAGGAAAUUAUUAUAAUCCUGAGCACUAUCGAGUGUGGAUAGCGAGCUCCUGUGUCGAGCAGAUAGAUACACUUUCCAUCACCUGCCAAUCAAUCACAAUAUCAGCCCAGCCACCCCACCCGUGUGGUCGGACCAGGUCUGGCCCGUUGGCAUGGCGAUGAUGGAGGAAGGGGCGCGGAGCUGCCUGCUUCAGUCACGCUCCAGCCUGGAGCAGGACAUCAGGGCUUCCUACCUGAUGGAUCACAUGAUCAGUGACGGUGUGCUGACGGGGGACGAGGAGGACAGGAUCAGGAGCAAGCCCACCAGGAGAGAGCAGGCGGCGGCCCUGCUGGAGCUGCUCCUGAGGAAGGAUAACCAGGCCUACAUCUCCUUCUACAAUGCCCUGGUCCGCGAGAGCUACGGAGACCUGGCCAGCCUGCUCCACAACAGCCUGCCCCUGGUCUCCCCUGAGGCUGAGAAGAGCUUCUCAGAUGGUGGCACCCGCUAUGUCCAGGCGGUGCUGAGUGAGGGCGGCGUGCCCCAGAGACCCGUGGUGUUUGUGAGCCGGCCAGCCCUGAUGAACCGGGUCAGGGAGAAGCUCUACCGCUUGCAGAAGGAGCCCGGCUGGGUCACUGUGUUCGGCAUGGCCGGCUCCGGCAAGUCUGUUUUGGCUGCGGAGGCAGUCCGAGACCACGCACUCAUCACAGAGUGUUUUCCGGGAGGAGUCCACUGGCUGUCCAUAGGCCAGCUGGACCGGUCUGACCUGCUGGUUAGGAUCCAGUCACUGUGUUUCCGCCUGGAGCAGCAGAGCCAGGAGAAAGACCCCUCGUCCUCCCUCCACCGGCCUCCUGGCUCUCUGGAGGAGGCCAAGGAGCGACUACGCUUCCUCAUGCUCCGUCGUUACCCCAGGUCGUUGCUGAUACUGGAUGACAUCUGGGACAGCUCGGUGCUCAAGGCCUUUGACAUACAGUGUCGAGUACUGCUCACCACCCGAGACAGAAGCCUAGCCGACUGUGUCAGCGGUUCUAAGUCUGAGGUGGCAGUGGAGAGUGGUCUCGAGGAGGAUCAGGCCUUGGAGAUCCUCGCCCUGUAUGUCAACGAGAAACCCCAGAGACUCCCAGAACAGGCCCGCAGCAUUGUCAGAGAGUGCAAAGGCUCUCCCUUGGUGGUGUCCCUAAUCGGGGCCCUGCUGCGGGAGUUCCCGGACCGCUGGGCCUACUACCUGCACACGCUCAUGCAGAAGAAGUUCAAGCGUAUCCGUAAGUCGUCUUCGUAUGACUACGAUGCCCUUGACCAGGCCAUGGCUGCCAGCAUCCAGGUCCUGUCUGAGGAACACAGGGAGCGGUACAUUGACCUCACCGUGCUGGAGAAGGACGUCAAAGUACCUGCCAAGGUUCUGUCGGUUCUGUGGGAUCUAGAACCAGAGGAGGUGGAGGACGUUCUCCAGGACUUUGUGAACAAGUCCCUACUGUUCCGUGACUGUCACCACCGGCCCUACCUCUACUACCUCCACGACCUCCAGCUGGACUUCCUGGCUGAGAUGAACCGCUCUGGUCUAGAAAGCCUCCACACCAAGGUGGUGCGUCAGUACCAGCAGCGCUACAGCAAGGGUCCCCCCACCUCAGGAGAUGAAGAGUGCCUCUACUGGUUCAGAUUCCUCACCUACCACAUGGCCAAGGCCAACCUCACACAGGAGUUGUGCUCUCUGAUGUUCUCUCUGGACUGGGUCAGAACUAAAGCUCAGAUUAUGGGACCGGCUCAUCUCAUCAAUGACUAUGUGGAGUACAGAGCCUUCCUGGACAAAGAGAACAGCGAGGUGCGAGGUCACUUCCAGGAGUUCCUGUCUCUGAACGGCCACCAGUUGGAGCAGCGUCCGUUCCCUGACGUAGUGCAGCUGGCCCUGUCCCAGCCAGACUCCUCUGAGGUGUACCGCCAGGCCCUGCUGCAGGCGCAGGAGAGGGCCACCAGAGGAGGACUCUACCUUGACUGGGUGAACAAAAGUAGUCUGAAGAGCCUGUCUCGUCUGGUGGUCCAGCCCCACCAGGGAUCCAUCUACUCUGCCUGCUUCUCCCACGACGGCACCAAGAUCGCCUCCUGUGGCUCCAGCAAGACACUGCGAGUGUUUAAGAGCACGUCUGGGGAGAAGCUGCUGGAGAUCCAGGCCCACGACGAUGAGGUGCUCUGCUGCGCCUUCUCCCCGGAUGACCGUCUCCUAGCAACCUGCUCCAGUGAUAGGAAGGUCAAGGUUUGGAAUGUGGAGCGUGGGACUCUGAUGAGGGUGUUUGAGGACGAACACGAGGAGCAGGUCAACCACUGUCAGUUCACCAACACACGCCGACGCCUCCUACUGGCCACCUGUUCCAACGACAAGUUCAUGAACACCAAGCUGUGGAACAUCAAUAAACCCUCUUCCCAGAACACCAUGUUUGGUCAUUUGGAGCCUGUCAAUCACUGCUGUUUCUCCCCUGAUGACGCCUACCUCUCCACCUCUUCCAGCGACGGAACCCUGAAGCUGUGGGAGGUGUCCUCGGCUAAUGAGUGGAAGUCCAUAGACGUGGCGGACAUGUUCCCGGAGCAGAGCGAGCAGACGGAGGUCAUGGUGAAGUGCAGCACCUGGUCAGCAGGCGGCAGGACCAUCAUCUGUGCUGCCAGGAACGCAGUCUUUGUGUUUGAUGUAGAGACGGCGGCCAUGUUGUUGGAGAUCCGGACCAGUCGUCUGAGCACGGUGCAGUACUGUCACGCCUGCCCCAGCAGCAACCUGGUGGCCAUCGCACUGUCACACUAUGCUGUGGAGCUGUGGGACAUAGAGACCAGUAAGAAGAUGGCUGACUGUAGUGGUCAUCUGAGCUGGGUCCAUGGAGUCCAGUUCUCCCCUGACGGAUCUCUACUGCUCUCCUGUUCUGACGACCAGACUGUCAGGGUGUGGGAGACUAAAAAAGUCCACACCUCAUCAGCUGUCUGUUUGAAGAGGGACUCUGACGUGCUCUUUAACAACAGUGACAUUACCGUGGUCGCGGCCGACAACCGCAACAGACUGCAGGUGAGGAAUGGGAGGACCGGAGCGGUGAUGUUCCAGUCAGAGAACCAGGAGUCUCGUAUCCGCUGCACUGCGAUCUGCUCACAGACCUCAGCCGUGGGGCUGGGACGAGAGGAUGGGACGAUACAGGUGUUGGAGGUGCCGUCGGGGACCUCUCUAGCCACUCUUCAGGGUCACACCAGGACAGUUCUCCACUGCCAGUUCACCCCGGAGGGACACACACUCAUCACUUCCUCUGAGGACACCACCAUACGGGUGUGGAGGUGGAGGACAGGUGAGUGUGUGGUUCUGGCGGGCCACAAGGAGCAGGUCAGAUGCUUCUCUCUGCUCACCACCUCACCCUCCUCAGAGACACAUCUCCUCAGCUGGUCCUUUGACGGCACCAUCAAGGUGUGGGACAUGUCUAGUGGUGAACGGCUGCAGGACCUAGUGUGUCACCAGGGGGCAGUGCUAGCCUGUGACGUGUUGUCUGAAGGACAGCUCUUCGCCACCACUUCCGCUGACAAGACUGCCAAGGUGUGGAGCAGUGCAUCGUGGGAAUGCGUGCGCCUGUUGAACGGCCACCAGGACUGUGUCCGCAGCUGCCGCUUCUCUUGGGACGGCCGGCGCCUAGCAACCGGCGACGACAACGGAGAGAUACGGCUGUGGAACGUGAAGGAUGGUACUCUGCUUAAGAUCUGUUCCCGUGACAACAAGGACGCCAUGGACUCUCUGCAUGGAGGCUGGGUAACCGACCUGCACUUCUCCCCUGACAACACUGUGCUGCUGUCUACAGGAGGAUACAUUAAGGUGAUUGAAGACCAAGAGAAGACAUCCAACCUUAUCUCACCUUUUCACACUCGCUGUUGUUGCUCUCCAUCUCUCUGUUCCCCAUCUCACACUAAUGGUAUCUCUCCUCUCUCGCUCUGUCUUUCUCUCACUCUCUCUUUUACUCACUCACUUUGUGUGUGUCUCUCUCUCUCUCUCUCUGUCUCCCUUUCUCUCAGGUGUUCAUUCUGUUUUUUCACUUUUCAUCUCCCCAUUGGAACCCCUCUCUCAAUCUCUCUCCUUCAUCAUAAGUUUCUGAACAGGGUGGUGGAACGUGGAGAAAGGAGAGGCCCUCCAGACCUUCUACCCGACAGGAGCCAAUCUGAAAAGGAUCCACGUGUCACCUGACUUCUCCACCUUCGUCACCAUUGACAAUAUCGGAAUCCUCUACAUCCUGAAGAAGGUGGAAUGAGAGGGAGGCAUAGCUCAUUAGUCAAAAGUGGUUUCCUUAUAGCUCAUUAGUCCAAAGGGGGCGUAGCUCAAUAAUGGAAAUAGUUAUCGUCUCCUCUCCUUGCAUUAAUCUGAAAGAGCCAGACAGGUGAGAGCCAAUGUCUGUUAGUCAUCUGGCAUGUUGCUUCAGCCUGCGUUCUCAGAUCAGAGUAGGUGAAGAACAGGAGAUCUGCUAAAGGACAAUCAUUUCUCCUGCUCUGCCUUCUGCAUGCCACAACAAUCAAACAAUCACAACAAAAUACAUCAUUUCUCCUGCUCUGCCUUCUGCAUGCCACAACAGUCAGAACAAUCACAACAAAAUACAUCAUUUCUCCUGCUCUGCCUUCUGCAUGCCACAACAGUCAAAACAAUCACAACAAAAUUGAUAUCCUGACAAAAUGAACUAUUGUGCUUUUCUUAUUGUAUCAGGGGACCAUAGACAAAAAGCAUUUGAUUCUUACUGCACUGGGGUAAAUUGUAUGCAAUAUGGACAGAUUUUUCUAUGCUCUUUUUAACUAGGAAAAUCUAUGCUAUAAUGAAAUGCACCAGCAUUAUCUGUUGUGAUUCUACGGUGAUGUUGUCAAACACAGUGAAUUGGUUUUGUAUUUCUAAGUGCCCAAUGAGUCUUUGGCUUUGUUAAUGUCGUGGCACUCUGCAAAUGGUCAUGAUUGUGUUCCGUCGUCUUAAACAAAGUACAUGUAUUUUUCCCUGUGAAGUUCGGGCGGCAGGGAGCCUAUCGAUUAAGAGCGUUGGGCCAGUAACCUAAAGGUUGCUGGUUCAAUCUGAGCCGACUGGGUGAAAAAUCUCUCUAUGCCCUUCAGCAACGCACUUAACCCUAAUUUGCUCUUGUAAGUUGCUCUGGAUAAGAGCGUCUGUUGACUAAAAUGUAAAAAUGUAGCGGUCUAAACCUGUGUAUUUGGACUAACUAAAGCCUUAAAGGUGGAGUCCGCAGUAUGGGGACUAACUAAAGCCUUAAAGGUGGAGUCCGCAGUAUGGAGACUAACUAAAGCCUUAAAGGUGGAGUCCGCAGUAUGGGGACUAACUAAAGCCUGAAAGGUGGAGUCCGCAGUAUGGGGACUAACUAAAGCCUGAAAGGUGGAGUCCGCAGUAUGGGGACUAACUAAAGCCUUAAAGGUGGAGUCCGCAGUAUGGGGACUAACUAAAGCCUUAAAGGUGGAGUCCGCAGUAUGGGGACUAACUAAAGCCUGAAAGGUGGAGUCCGCAGUAUGGGGACUAACUAAAGCCUUAAAGGUGGAGUCCGGAGUUUGGGGAAGCCUACCCACCACUGUUUUUGUAGUUGCCCGGGCUGAGGAGCGUCACACAGCAUGGUAAAACUAAUAGCAGGACAUAUUGUGCUCUCCUAUCGCACGGAUGUCUGAGGGGGAGAACUGUUGGUCGUUUCCAGUAACUUCUUUGUUGUUGUAAUAUCACAAACGGACAAACGGCUGUUUCACCAUUAAGGAUUCCAGCUUUAAUGUUUUUCAGGGGACAUAUACUAAGGAAAAUGUGGGAAAAGGUUAAGUCCAGGCAUUAACUCCAUAUUUUUAAGGUUAGGUAUUAACUGAAUUGUUAAGGUAAGGGAUAAGGUUUGGGUUAGGCUUAACUUUCUAUUGCUGUAUUCGAACUUGCAACCUUUGGAAUCAGAGGGAGAUGCUUCCCCCCCCAUCCGCCAUCCCUGUCCUCAACGCCCUAGCAAAUCCGAAACCUUAUUGAAGGUAACAGCGCUCACUGUUGCACCCCUAGUGGCCGGUUUCCACGUCAUCUCCCAACAUCUUCAGACUUGGAAAGACGUCGAAUACUGACUUGAAUAACAGGUGACCUGGCUGGUUUGCAAUGUUAUCAACAAAUCAUGUUACUGCCAUAAAUGCAUAAAAAAUGUGUAUUGGUUCAGCCCACUUUCUAGAGCAAAUGACUCGUUCAAACCUUGACCAAAGGCAUUUGUCAGAAUAGCAUCUGUCGACUAUGUUUACUAUCAAGUUCAAUACUGUUUAGGACAUUUUAUACACUAAUUAUAUCAAUAGAGCCUGUUUUUUUUUGUACAAGUCCUUUUUUAUUGUAUAUAUCUUGCUUUCAUACAUUUAGUUUUCUUAUUACUACUGAUCCACACUCUAGUGAGCUUUGUAAAAAGGCACUAUAAUUUUUCUCUUGUGGUCUGUAUCAAGAACAUGGCCUUGUUCCAAUACUUUGACAAUGCAUCCUUCAUUCCUUGCUUCCUUCCUUCCAUCAUUGCUUGACUUCAUCUCUGAUCUGACUCUAUUGAAUAGCUGACCGAUUGCUUCCACUUCAUGGCUGACAAUCCAGAGUAAUUUCAAAUCUGUGAUUAUUGAAGGGAAGGAUGUGUUUUCUGGGCCUUGUUUUUGAUGUCAGAACAUGUGCUCUUACCUAUUGGUGCUUUAAACUCAGUGUGCAAGUAAAUCAUCAGAGGAGGUCUCUCCCUGUCAAUCAAAUCUGUGAAGUCUCGAGGUGAUCUCAGGACAUGAAUACUGUUAUGGUAAAGUGCUUGUGUGUGGUGUGUAAUUUAUAAUACCUUAGAGAAUAAUAAUAAUAAUAACAUUCUAUGACAGCA